CGGGUCUAAUCCAUUUCUCUUGCGCCAAAUCUAACAAUGGCGGUUCUGGAAGCUGCUCUCUCCAUCCUCUCACUCUCUUCCUCUUCUUCUUCUUCCUCUAAACCUUAUCUCUUUUCUCAACGGUCUAAACCUACCGCCUUUACUCUUCGGAUUCCCAGUAAUCACUCCCCCGUCGUCCCUCUAGGUUCCAGCGCCAUUAAUAACUCUCGGCGGCUCGUCUCCGUACUAUGUUCCGUGACGGAGAAAGAAACUUCGACGGAGGAUGAAACGUCGCAGGAGGAUAAGACUGAAGAAACCCAGAAGUCAAAUCUUAAAAGGAAGCUUUUUGUAUUCAAUCUUCCUUGGUCCAUGAGUGUACAUGACAUCUCCGACCUCUUUCGACAAUGCGGGACUGUGAACAAUGUCGAGAUCAUAAGGCAAAAAGAUGGGAAGAAUCGAGGAUUUGCUUUCGUAACAAUGGCAUCUGGAGAAGAAGCUCAAGCUGCUGUUGAUAAGUUCGAUGCUUUUGAAGUCUCAGGGCGAAUCAUCAGAGUAAACUUUGCUAGAAGGUUCAAGAAGCCUACUCCAAAACCACCAAAUGCUCUUCCUUCUCCUCCCCCUGGAGACACUCGUCACAAACUCUACGUAUCUAAUCUCGCUUGGAAAGCAAGGUCAACCCAUCUCCGUGAGCUUUUCACUGCUGCAGAUUUCAACCCGGUCUCAGCUCGGGUUGUUUUCGCUGACCCUGAAGGAAGAUCUUCUGGCUAUGGCUUUGUCUCAUUUGCUACCAGAGAAGAAGCUGAGAAUGCAAUCACCAAACUCGAUGGGAAGGAGAUAAUGGGUAGACCUAUCAUUCUGAAGUUCAGCUUGACAACUGCCAGUGAAUCUGAAGAUGGUGACACUGUAGAAGACAACAACACUUCUAAAGAUAGUGACACUGAAGAAGAUAACACUUCUGAAGAUGGAGACACUGCAGAAGACAACAACACUUCUGAAGAAAAACCGGUGGAGUGACUCUUAUUAUUUUCUCAGUUAUCUGAUAAGAGCAUGAGAACCUGACUACAGAUCUUAUUACAAUUUUGAAAUAUCUACUGCUACAAAGAACACAAAAAGGAAAAUGUAACAGAAUUAAUCAGUAAACUAGACUUCAAUCCUGCUAA